CAUGAUAUGUUCAAUUCUUAAUUCAUUACGAAUUUUAUUUUUGUAAAUACGAAGUAAUAUGUUAAAAAAAAAUAGAAGCUCAUAUAAUACAGUUUUCAUUUGAGGUAAACGAAAUAAUAUAAUCUAAGAUCGAUUGAAGAAAGUGUGUGUUCAACGACAUAUAAAACCAGGUUGAAACUACUGAGUUAAACUCACAUUAAAUUCUAUACUCUUAAGCUAAGAGUCUAUCAGAGUAAACUGGACUCGAUGACCAAUUAGAGUGUCAUCUCGCCAGUCUAUAUGAAAUGCAUCUCUGGUUCGGGUCACUCACUGGUGCUACUAUCAUAGUAAAAAGGAACUUUCUCGUGAACACACCGUUGCUCUCUCCUUUGAUGCUGAAUAAGGACAAGAGACCAGCCUCAUCAAGUUUCUACCUCAUCGAUGCUCCUCAGCCUUGGCACGGGUCAAAAUCUUCCCAGUCAAUCUCUCAUUGGGGUCCAACUGGUAUGUAUCUCCAUCUCUCCACCUUCUUGCCACUUGAACUGCAAUGGGGAAAUAGAGGAAGGGGUGUAGGGGAGCCUCCAACGUGUUCUCUCUGAUCUCUAGCUCCCUGUCGGUCUCAAACAGCUUGGCUCCUGGUGGUAGUUGUCCACUCCUGCUCCUAGAUCUCUCACUAUCAAGUGAUAGUUUUCCAUUGCUAUUGCUGGAGGAGAUUUGAAUGAACCGAUAUUGAGAACUCAAGUUCCUUGAAUCCUCCUCUUCUUCUUGCUCGAUCACUGGCUCCCUCCUGUUGAGUCGUGCAGGCCUUUGAGGUGCUACAUACUAUAUAUGGUUGCGCUCGUGGUGGACUAGGAUGUCGUAGUCCCAUGAAAGAAGAAGCACCAUCAUCUCCUUUCUUCGUUCUUCUUGGAAUAACCCCAUACUUUAAGAGUCGGGCUUCUUCUAUACGCUAAUCUUAUAACUUCUUUAGUACAAAUUAUCAAGAUAUUAACUCAUUCAAUCCUUUAAGUUGAUUAAGCACAUGCAAAGAUAAGAAAUAUUCCAGCUAAAAAAUGUAGAAGUAGCAUGAACCAUCUAUCUUGAUAAUUUGAAAACUUUGAAAGCUCAAGUUAUAUAGUUAGCCAAGUUGGCACAAGUAAAAUGACAGGAUAUUUAAUCCAAAUUAAUAAUGAAAUUUGAAACUUAGGACGUCCCACUCUCAUUGAAAUCUCGAAAUUUCAAAACUCGUAUCAACAAAUUCGAAACUUAGCAUAUCCUGACGUUUAAAGCUCAAUUCAAAAGAUGAUAUGCUAGGAUCUUGAGAAUUUUUGCAUUGACCUUUGCUAAAAUGCAUCGUUCCAUCCAAACAUACAUUCGAUUUAGAUUCACACAGCAAAAAAUUGUAUUGUGUGAGUUUUUUUUUUUUUUUUUUUGUAAUUCAUAGUAUUUACAAAAAUAAAAAUAUUAAUAAAAUAAAAAGUGAACAUCCCGUGCAGAGCACAGGCUUUUGACCUAGUAACUUUGAAAAGGAUUAAGUAUUAACCGUUAAUUUUUAGUCAAAAGUUCCAACCAACUUAAAGUAUUAAGUAUUAACCGUUAAUUUUUCAGUUUAAAAGUCAAAAUUGCAACCGCCCAAUAAUAUCAUCACCACGAAUUGAGCAACUCUAGUUCCAUCAUGGGCCAUGGCCGGCAAUUCUAUGCGGCCGGCAAGGGCCCCGGAUUCGAUCCUAUAAGACUUUGACAAAAAGGCCAGCAGCCCGCGAUCAUAAUAAUAAAUACAAAAGCAAUUGAUUUGCUAAACCCGAAACAAGCUAACGCUAAUGGGAGGUCCAAAAUGGUCUCUCAAGGGCAUGACCGCCCUCGUCACCGGCGGAUCCAAAGGCAUCGGCUGCGCGAUCGUGGAAGAGCUCGCCGGACUCGGCGCACGUGUGCACACGUGUGCCCGCAACGAGAAGGAGCUCGGCGACAGGUUGCAAGAAUGGAAGAGCAAAGGGUUUGAUGUGAGCGGCUCUGUUUGCGACUUGAGCUCCAGCUCCGAGAGGCUCAAGCUCGUACUGGAGACUGUCGCCUCUGCCUUCGACGGCAAGCUCAACAUCCUUGUGAACAACGCUGGAAUUGGGGUGUUCAAGAGAUGCCUGGACUGGAGCCCUGAAGAUUACUCGAACGUGAUGGCCACGAAUCUGGUGGCGCCUUUCCAUCUGUGUCAACUGGCGCAUCCGCUGCUCAAGGCGUCUGGGCGUGGAAGCAUCGUGUUCAUUUCCUCCACUGCUGGUCUGUUGGCCAUUCCUUUCGUAUCGGGCUAUGCGACCACCAAAGCGGGGAUCAACCAGUUGACCAAGAACUUGGCAUGUGAAUGGGCUAAGGACAACAUUCGGACCAACAGUGUUGCUCCUGGAGGAACCAAUACUCCAUUGACGAUGACGGCAAAUUCGAACCCUGAGUUUCUCAAAGCAGGUGUUAGUAUAAUGAGUAGGGUUCCCGCCGAGCGCAUGGCAGAGCCAGACGAGAUAUCGUCGGUUGUGGCAUUCCUCUGUAUGCCGGCAGCUUCGUACAUAUCUGGCCAAGUGAUCGCCGUGGAUGGUGGAUACUCUGUCUGUGGGUUUUAGGUUUUAUGUAGCUAUCCUCUGCUACCAUCAAACUAGUUGUAAAAUGUAAGCUCCCAAAUGUAUGGUGCAGCAUGAACAUUAAUACAGUCGAUCUAUACCGGAAUCACUUGUGCAUCUGACAGUCAUUCUGGAUUCUACUUGUGCCGAUCAACGAACCAAGAGCAGACAAUCUGGUCUAGAGUGGGAAGGUUUGAAACCAUGUUGAGUAUUGAAUAAAAGGAAAACAGUCCUCGAGAUUACUGAAGCAAAACAGUGUUCAAGUCCAACACAUAGUACGAGCCAAAAGUAUGUACAAAUUACGAUUGAGAGGCUGAUGCUUUCAACUGCGUCCGCCAUGGAGAGAGGGAGAGGAAGAAGAACAAGACAUGGCUUACUGGGUCUUCCCAUUGUGACCAUUUCUCAA